UGUCUCUUCCGGCUCCGGCGGCGGCAUGGGCAAGAAGCGGGGCGUGGGGCUGGGCCGCUGCCUGCAGCGGCAGCGCGGGCUGGAGCGCCGCGGCACCGAGUCGUGGCUGCACGUCAGCGAGGUGGGCGGCGAGCGCGGCCCAGAGCUGAGGUCGGCGCCCGAGCAGAGCCCGCUGGAGGAGUUCCUGGCCACGGCCGAGCUGGCCGGCACCCGCUUCGUGGCCGAGCGGCUGAACAUCCAGAUCGUGUCUGCCCACAGCCGCAGCGGGCUGCUCACGGCGCAGGAGGCCCAGCGUGUCCGGCAGCUGCAUGAGGAGAACCGGCAGUUCCUGCGCAUCCCACGGAGGCCACGUUGGGAUAGGACAACCAGUGCGGAGGACUUGAAGCAAGCUGAGAGAGAGAGCUUUCUCGAAUGGAGGCGACAGCUUGCCCACCUAGAGGAAGAAAAAAAGUUGAUUCUAACACCAUUUGAACGAAACUUGGAAUUUUGGCGUCAACUGUGGAGAGUCAUUGAAAGAAGUGAUAUUGUAGUCCAGAUAGUAGAUGCUAGAAAUCCCCUUCUGUUUAGAUGCCAAGAUCUGGAAAGUUAUGUUAAGGAGGUUGGCAAUGACAAGGAGAACAUGAUCCUGAUAAACAAAGCAGAUUUGCUGAGUGAGGAGCAGCGGGCUGCGUGGGCACAGUUCUUUGAGAAGGAAGGUGUUAAGGUGGUGUUCUGGUCAGCUCUGGCAGAGUGUGAACGGCUGUCUGGAGAAGCAAAGGAACUAGAUGCUGAAGAUGUAGCGGAGGACCUGGAUGAUUCUGAGGAUGAAAGCUCCAGUCAAGAAGACAAUGACACAACAGAAGAUAGUGCAGAAAGCACAUCUACAGGCAAUGCUUUGCAAACUGUAAAUGAAGUUCUGGUUAGUGAUGAUGACAGUAGUGAUGAAUAUGAAGACUGUGAAGAUGAUGAAGAGGAGGCCUGGCAAACCUGUUCUGAAGAUGAAGGUGAGGACAAAGUAAAUGCUCUUGCCCCAGAGAGGAUGGAAAGCAGGACUGAUGGUGUUGCAGUGCAGCAUGUAGUGCAGGAGCAGAACAGGAACAUCAGGAACUUCAGCCACCUGGUACGGAGAAAUGAGCUGCUGGAGAUACUCAAAACCAUGCAUAAAGGACCAAGAGUGAAGGAUGGGGAAGUAAAUGUUGGGCUGGUGGGUUACCCGAAUGUUGGCAAAAGUUCAACCAUCAACACAGUCCUUGGAAAUAAGAAGGUGUCAGUGUCUGCUACACCAGGCCGUACAAAACACUUUCAGACCCUGUAUGUGGAGCCUGGCCUGUGCCUGUGUGACUGCCCUGGUCUGGUGAUGCCAUCUUUCAUCUCUACCAAGGCAGAAAUGAUUUGUUCUGGAAUUCUGCCUAUAGACCAGAUGAGGGACCAUGUCCCACCCAUUUCUCUAGUUUGCCAGCAUAUCCCACGAAACAUUUUGGAAGCAACCUAUGGAAUAAAUAUCAUAAGGCCAAGGGAAGACGAGGAUCCAGAUCGAAAGCCAACAGCUGAAGAGCUGCUAACAGCAUACGGAUAUAUGAGAGGCUUUAUGACAGCACAUGGACAGCCAGACCAGCCGAGAUCGGCUCGAUACGUGUUAAAAGACUAUGUCAAUGGGAAGCUGUUAUAUUGCCAUCCACCUCCUGGCAUUGACCCUAAUGAUUUUCAGCACCAGCAUCAAAGAUGUCCAGAGAGCACAACGGUGCAGGCCAGUGGACAGAUGAAGCCUGAGAAGAAAACUAAAGCAAAACAAAUUGAAAACGUGGUAGACAAAACAUUUUUCCACCAGGAGAAUGUUCGUGCCCUGAUGAAAGGGGUCCGGGCUGCAAUGGGAUACCGGCCUGGCAGCGGCCUCGUGCCUGGGACUACACCCAAUCCUGGGAAUGUGGUAGGAAAGCCCUGGAAAAAACAUGGUAACAGGAACAGGAAGGAGAAAAUUCGCAGGAUCACGAAGCACCUGGAGGCUUAGCUGUGACAUUGGCAUCUGGCCCUUCCACGUCAGGGCCCGUACUCUCCUGCAGGCCUGAACUGAGGGGGAAAAAAGGAUAAGUGAGCAUCACUAGCUCACCCAGGAGCUCUGAGCUAUGGAUAGGCCUGGGCAGGGUGAUAAAAGUGGGCUCUGAUAGUUGGAGCUCAUCCCUCUGAGAACAAGAGACCUGGCCGUUCGUGUUGUCUGGAAGCCAGCCCAGACUUUUGACUGCUGCUGAAACAUCCUUUCAAUGGGAGCAGAUGGAGCCGUGCGGGAAAGUUUUCUUUACCUUCCAUAAAGGAUGUAUUUUAUAGCUGUUGGGAUCAAAGCAAUCCCUGUAAAACUGACUAAAAUCUUUAAACAGUU